AUGGAACCUUUUCAAGAUGGUAAGUAUAUUGAAGAGAAUAGGAGGAGGCUAGGUAUGAAGCAUGUUGUACUAAAUGUAUCUGAAAAAAUUUGGGUAUUCAUGGAAGAGAAUAUGGAAUUUAGUAUUGUGAAAGAUGAAGAGCAGCAGUUAACUUUGAUGAUUUCCAAUCAAAAUGCAGAUACAGAAGAUUUCAGCAUGCUGGAGGAAAUACCAAAGGUGGUGACUGAAGAACAAAAUACAAAAAUAAUGAGAAUUCCUGAUGAGGAGGAGGUCAAAAAAGCUGUGAUGGGGCUAAAUAGGGAUAGAGCAGGUGGACCAAAUGGGAUGACAGGGGCAUUCUACCAAGAUGCAUGGGAGAUUAUUAAACAGGACAUUCACAAAAUAGCAGGUUUUGUUCAAGGAAGGAUUAUUGCUAAGAAUACUCUGGUAGUACAGGAAAUUGUUUCUGAAAUUAGAAAGAGAGAUGAUAUGAUCAUAUUGUGCAAAGCUGAAGUGAAAACUUUACAGUUGGUUACUGCAGUUUUGGAUAAAUAUGAGGAAAUAUCAGGACAGAAAAUAAACAAUGAGAAGAGUGCAAUUUAUUUACACAAAGGGUUAUCCAAUGGAGUAAAGGUGUUAGCAGAAGUGCUACUGGUAUUUUGA